CAAAAGUUCAAUUGGAGUGUGAGAGCAGACGCCUUGGUGUCCCGCACACGGUCAGAAAAGUGGAGCAAAAACAUCACAUCAGGAUUGGUUUUUCUCUUUUUCUCUUUCGUGUCGACGAACUCAAACCCGCCAUGGGACAAGAGGAGAGCCGCAACGAGGAGAUGGAUUUGGCUCGGAUUCAGGAGCUGUGCAUCCUCUUCAUGAAGGAGUGUCCCAGCGGAGCCCUGCACCUGCACGAGUUCAAGAGGAUCUUCAGGGUGCCGAGCAGCUCUGCAGAGGAGUCGCUCUACAUGGAGACCAUAUUCCGCUCCUUCGAUACCAAUCAGGACAACGCUCUUGAUUUCAUCGAGUAUGUCGCCGCUCUUCACUUGAUCUUACGGGGGAAUCUUGAGGAUCGACUGAAAUGGUCGUUUAAGAUGUACGACAAGGACGGCAACGGCAAGCUGGACAGGAAGGAGGUGAAAUGCAUCAUUAGGAUUAUCGGCAAACUCAAUCUCCUGAGUAGUGACGUCAACAUGUCGCCGUCUGAAAUCUGUGACCGCAUCUUCGUUCAAGUCGACCAGAAUAAAGACGGUCAGAUCAGUCUGUCCGAGUUCAUCGAGGGAGCGCAGCAGGACGAGUGGGUCAUGCAGAUGCUGAAGUUGGAUGUGAACGCAUCGAGUUGGGUCAUCCAGAACUGUGGGAAGUUAACGUGAUGUGUUCGGCUGAGUGGGAUCAGAGUCCACAGGUCUUUGUUUAAAGCUGACAGAGGGGGUCUGCUGCUUUUCUUCUUUUGUCCCUCUGCUGCUGAGCUUCGGGUGACUUUGAGCUGGAGCUCGGGGCUCUUUAGCACGACCGCGGCUCUGCUGUGAUUUUGACAGCAGCUGCGAUGGUCUCAGUCCUGCUGUUUGUCUGUGGAGAAGCUAACACCUCGAUGUAACAAAAACCCAUCACUCACAGAGGACGUGUUGAAUUUCUCAUUACACGACAGAGGACUCUCUUUUGACUUGUACAUGAAUUAUUGUGUGUUUCUUUUAGUUUAGGGGUGGCUGUUGUAAGAAUAACUAAGAAAACACUCUGGUAAUUAACAAAACUGUGAGAAAUAAUUUUAGUUUUUUUGUUUGGUAAAUUCAAAUAGGCUUUUAUUUUGAAACGUGUUCUGAACAUGUAUAUCGGAAAUCUAUAUCUAAACAUUUUAAAGAAUAUAUUGAAGUAUCCCCUGGAGAGUUUUUGCAUGAAGUAGUGUUUCAAUGCAUUUAUUUUUAAUGAGAGAAUUAAUGUUGUUUGAUGAUAUUUCUGCAGAAUCGUCCUCUCAGUUUCUUUAUGCAAUCAGUAACCAGACAAUGGAAGAAUAUAUUCAGUGUCAUUUAUUUAUUCCUUUAUUUCUUAUACAGGUCUGAAACUGUAAAAUAACUCGUGCGGUUUCUGUUUCAAAUGUGAACUUAUUUUUGUGAAUAAAAUAUUUUUGUCAUACACA